AUGAGCUUGAUUAUUUGGCUUCUAUUAGGAGCAGCCUUGUCUACAAAAUUAAAUCCUGAUAGAUCUAAAAUACUAUUUCACAGAACAUCAUUAGGACUACAAUUAGAUGCAAAAGUGUCUGAGCCUGAACGCUUCCAAAACAUCAUCAGAGAAAUCAAAGAUGAACUAGGAACUACAAUUUAUUCGCAAGACCUAAACAAAGGUUCUGAGAACUCAUCAAAGCCCCAAAUUCAGCCAAUUAUAGAAACCCCACCCUCUGAUAUCAAAUUUAAUGACAAUUUUUAUUAUUAUUCUUUUUUUGCCUCUAUAGGUAUAAUAUGCGUUAUUGGUGGAGUUUACAUUUACAAGAAAAGAUCUUUGCAUAAUUUAUAUAAAUUAUAG